UACCUAGAAAGUUAAUACUAAUUAAUGAGUAAUCAGAGUUUUAUGUUGAGAAGAAGGGAAAUUUCCACUAUUGUAACUUGGUGAAAUGCAUUGAAAAGCUAAAAACGAUCUCUCGAGCAAAAUCCUGCAAAUGCUGCUACUCUGUACUGAAUCACGGCCAUCGGAGUUCUCAGCUGUAAAUUCAUGGCGUCUUUUGACUCUGUUCUUUUUGCAUUUGGAUCCAUUAGACAAGUAAUGCAUCUCUUCAAACCAGAGUGAGAAUGAAACCUCAAAAAGCCCUCAACAGGCCUCCGACUGUGCUUCUCUUACUCUUUCUGGCUCUCAUUUCGUCAAUCCUCAUCCUCGCUAUCCAAUCCACAUUCUUCAGCGGGGCUGGGAAAAAUGGUGUCAACAGCAAGGAUAUAUCUGAUCUUUACGCUUUCCAACAAAUCCAGCAAUGUGUGGCAACAAAGGGCCUUGGACUCACUGCACACAUUAUUGACCACUGUAAAUUAGUGCUUAAGUUCCCAAAAGACACCAACAAUACGUGGUACAAUGUGCAAUUUAAAAAUUAUGACCCUCUGGAAUACCCAUUUGAUGUUUGCGAAACCAUUUUACUUUGGGAACAGUACCGUAACAUGACUACAAUUUUAACAAGGGAAUAUCUAGAUGCUCGGCCUAAUGGGUGGCUAGAGUAUGCUGCACAAAGGAUUUCACAAUUGGGAGCAAAAAAGUGUGACAAUAAAUCUCUUUGUGAGGAACAUCUAAAUCUUAUUUUGCCAUCAAGGCCACCUUUCUAUCCCCGUCAGUUUAGGACAUGUGCAGUUGUUGGGAACUCGGGUGAUCUAUUAAAAACAGAGUUUGGGCUAGAGAUAGAUGCCCAUAAUGCAGUUAUUCGGGAAAAUGAGGCCCCUGUCAAUGAGAAAUAUGCAAAGUAUGUCGGGCUGAAGAGAGAUUUCCGCCUUGAUCUGAGAGGAGAGAGAAGAAAAAAUUUGGUACUCUUUGUUAAAGGUAACUCUGAUGAAGUGUUGAUAAUUAAAAGUAUGAUUCAUAGAGAUUUCAAUGCAAUGAUUAAGGGGCUUCCAAAUCCAGUUUAUCUUUUCCAAGGUAUUGUGCUUCAAAGAGGUGCGAAAGGAACAGGAAUGAAAUCAAUUGAGCUGGCUAUCUCCAUCUGUGAUAUUGUUGACAUUUAUGGCUUCACUGUCGAUUCCAGCUAUACAGAAUGGACACGCUACUUUUCAGCCCCUAAGAAGGGGCAUAAUCCACUGCAAGUGAGAGCAUACUACCAACUUCUGGAGUGCCUUGGUGUUAUUAGGAUUCUUUCUCCUAUGAGGGCAAAGAGGAAAGAAGACUGGUCCGAUGCACCUAGUAGGGAAAUGAUAAACCAUGCUCAUGCUGCUGCUUAUCGCCUGAAGAGAGCCCAAACUGGUCAGAUGGACAGUGACUUUGGACCUUUUCGUGCUUGUAAGGUUUGGGGUUCUGCUGGUUCAGACAAGGGACCACUUUCAGGUUCACCCGACAUGACUGAGACUAGAAAGAAGUCAAAUUACAGCAAGUGGGAGGUGCUUCCAUUUGAGAUGCUAAGGAAGGAAUCCCAGGAGCACUACAUUGAAAUGGGGGACGUUUCUUUGUACAAAAUGGAUGGAAACAAAUUGGAUGACCUUGUGUGCUUGAAGCAUGACCCGAGAGGUUGGACACGAGCAUGAUAACAAGCACACAGAGGGUCGCUUAUCAAUCGAGGGAUCAAUAGUCUUCAAGCGAAGUAUAUUGAUUCUGUGUACAUGGCUUUGUCACAAGAGAAUUAGAGGUGAAGCAAUUGUACAUGCCCAGUGAUAAAGUGUAUCAAAAUUUGCUGAUGUUGUUUGGGUGUAUAGGCGGUUAGGGUGGCAGGGUGCCACAACAUGAUAUCUUAAAUUUUCAUUUCUAUGAUGUCCCAAGUUAACAUUGAAAAAAAGAAGAAGAAAGAGGGUAGGGUUGUAGGGUGAAAUGUUCAAAAAUUCAAUGUUUAUUGUGAACGUUGAGAUUCAGUCUUUUGCAUGCGGGAUCCUUUGGAUGAAGGGACAAAGAUGGGGAUUAGUGGGCCCAGUGAUUGAAGGACUAGUGCUCUGGCCCUCCCGGACUUCAAAGUUUUUCUUGGAGGUUUGAAAAACAGAAGGAAAAUGAAUCUCUUGUAUUUAGCUCCAUAUAUUUUGUUCACUGACUAUUCUAACGUGUAGUUGUCCUCUCGACUGCAGAAUUCAAAGACAAUUAUUGCUGUGACAUGUUACUGAUUAGCAUUUGGCUGUCAGUUCCAGAGGGCUGAAAGUCUUAUUCCAGCUGUGAAAAAACUUGUGUUCCAUUUUAAAAUCACAAUCAUCAUAAAUAAAAUAAAGGCGAGGUAAAAAUCUUCCUGCCACCUUUCUGAAUUCAUGACUUACUUCCUUUUGCUCAUACAAUGUUACAAAAACUACAGUGUCUGUCCCGUUUUGGACCUUAAAAAUCGAAUGGUUGACUGAAAUCAUACUGAGCUACACAUCUAAACAACUUAUCGUGAGUCGACCUGCGGAGCUUUGAGAAAUGGACAUUUGCAUAAUCUUGUGUU